AUACAACGAUAGGCGGCGGGUCAUGUUUCCUGUUCCUGUUUCGUAUUUUAGUGAUUAACAAACUAAAGAAACGGUAAAAGUUGGUGAUUUAACGAUUGUUCUAACAGAAGGGUGCAAGCCGGUCCAAAGCCUUUAACCACGCUAUUGUCGUUCGCCAACAUGGCGGGCGGAAAAGGAUUGAACCAGUGUGGUGUUUGUAUCAAGUAUUUUAUGUUUGUCUUCAACGUGAUCAGCUUGCUGGCAGGUAUUGCUGUAGUUGCUGUCAGUGUAUGGACAAUCGUGGACAAGUUUUACCUGGAAGCGAUUCUUGGCGUGACACUGUACAUCGCCGGGGCGUACAUGCUCGUUGCUGCAGGAUGCAUCAUCAUCAUCCUCUCACUGUUCGCCUGCCUCGGGGCCAUCCGUGAGAUGAAGUGUCUCCUCAUCUCGUACUUUGUGUUGAUCCUUCUCAUCUUCAUCGCUCUCGUCUGCGGUGGAAUAUUUGCAUGGAUCUAUAGAGGCAGGCUGCAGUCUGAGCUGAAGGAGAAGUUGAAGGUGACGAUGGUGAAUGACUAUGGCAGGGAGGAAGAACUUGACAAGACGAGAGGCUGGGACUACUUGCAGGCCACCCUGCACUGUUGCGCUGUCAACCAAGAGACGAGCUGGAAGGUGUGGCGGAAUACCUACUGGGGUUAUGAGACACCCGCAGAAAGGGUUCCAGUUAGCUGUUGCAUCAAUGGACGUGAACUCGAGUGUAAGGAUAACAACAAGUUUCCAGCAACAUCGUACCUCUACACAACUGGUUGCUAUGACAAGGCCUACAGUGUGAUGCUGGAUAAUUUAGCAGCCAUUGGGGGCGUUGGAGUUGGCAUUGCCUGUCUAAUGGUUAUUGGAAUGGUGUGUGCUCUGGCGCUCGUUCGACAAAUACAUUAGCUAGGUCUGAAGGAAAUGGGAGGUUUCAAAACCACCGUGGCGAGACAAGGUUUCUUCACCGAAUGUUAGUGACUGAGGAGGUGUGUGAAGGUAUUAAGAUACAUGAGUCUAUAUUUAUAAAUGAGAGAUAUGAAUACAAAUGUCGUUUUAUGAAUAACACACUGAAUUGGAAGUUAUAGCGACAGAAAAUUAAUAUCGACCAACUAUACCAUUUUUCGUGGCAUUAAUGCCUGAAUAUCUGGCAAAGGUUUGAGAGCCUAGUUGUUGUCCAUGUCUGUCAUCCUAUGCCAAUAUAUGGCAACCUGUUGAUUAUAAUUACCAUUGCAAAUAUUGUGAAGCUGGUGGUGACAGAUCGUAGGGCUGUACAGAGCAAUCCUACUUGCACAAUUGUCGUACCCUACUAGACUAGCUAUUUCGAUGUGCUAGGAUGCACGAAGUAACCGUGGUACGAUGGGUAGAUAGUGUGGGUUUCGCACGUCGUCUAAUUGACUCGCAGGAGGCCAGUGGAGUUUUUGUGUGAUUUCUAUCCACGUGUGCAACGCUUUUAAUUUUUUUUUUAUUUACACCAAAUGCGUUCAACCAGGGGCGUCGACGUUUUAGAUGAAAUUAUUGUGUUUGAAAACACGUUAAAUCACGUGAGCAUUUUCAAGAGAUUUAAAUGAAAUACUCCAUCAGUGCAUAAUAUAGCAUAGUUUACACUUUGGCUGAUACAUUGGUUUACACAUAACAGCGUUGCUUUAUAACAGUUUGUUCAGCACCGUUUGGAGAUAAGAUUGGUCGGAUAUUUCCUGGCAUGAAGCUGAAUGCACAGAGCAGAUAUCUGUUGUAAUAUGACAGAAAUGGUUUUCUCCCAUUAACAAGUGGCUGUGUGCAUUGCCCAUGAACACAAAACAUUGGUAUCGCAAAAAGUUUUGCCAAGAUCCAACAUGUUUGAUAUUGCGGACAAAUGACCGUCAGAAGGUCAGAGAGUCGGCUGUGUGUGUUACGUGCAGACCAACACAAAACACUAUUUUGGCCAUUGACCAAUCAGCAUGCACCUAGUAAUCAGGUGAUUUUCUAAAUAUACAAGACAAACGUCUGCUGUGUCCAUUAAACAAAGACAUAAUCUAAGACAAAUGUUUGUGUUGUAUUACAUGAAAUGGCUGCUGUCUGCAUUGAACGAAAACCAACACAAAGACAUAUGUUUCUGUCAUAUUACAAUAAAUAUCUACUGUUUGCGUUUGGCCUAGCAGGGUAAACGUGAAGUGUGUGUGAGAGGUGCAUAAGGUGCAUGAGGUGCAUAAGGUGCAUGUGUGAGAUUAUUGGAGGAACUGCGAUCUCCUGGUUUCACAGCCAGAAUAAGUUUUGCCAAGGUUGAGAUAAGUUUUUGGUGCGUAGGGCAAGUUCGUCAGGCAAGUUGGUAAAUAUUUAUUCAUUAUAUUGAGGUAUCGUUAAACCCAGGUGUGUUCACAGUGAUUAGCUAGGCUGUUUCUUUGAUUUGCAAUGAUCGAUUUUAUGCGCGCUCGUGUAAUAUUGGAGGACAGUUCGCACUCGAUAUUUAUGUAGGAUCUCACAGAAACUAUUACUGCCACAUCUCAGAACUCCUGUCGUGUGUAUUUUUAAUCUCUACAAUGUGUUGUCUUCUUGUUGCGAUGUUUUACACACUCCCCUUCGUUUUACCUGUGACCAUGAAGUUGAAGAUAUUUUAAUGUAUAUCAUUAUUACUAGGAACACGUGAUUUCAAAUUGGUAUGGAUCUUGAAAUAUUGACAUUUAUAUUAAUUUGAUAUAACGUAUUCCAGAUAUUAUAUGUGACGCCUAAUUGUCGUUGCUGUCAAUAUAGCCUAGGUUGGAGUGCCCGAAAUAAAAAAAUAAACGGUUAAAGUCACAUCAAAGCUGCUAGUACAGAUAAACAAAUCCAGGUGAUGCAACGAUUCGGGUAAAGAAUAUGAGAGUGGUGUUACUGUUAGCAAUCAUGGUCAGAAUUCUAAUUAUGUUUUGGGUACGGGCCGGAUUUUCCGUACAAGCACAUGGCAUACCUCGUCUUGCAAAGGAUGGCUUUGGUAUAUUGAGUGAUUAAGUGAUUGAAUGAUUUAGUAAUCGAUAGGUAUAUACAUUCCUUAAUGGUGCGUGGAGGCAGAGUAAAGCAUCUAGUGCAGGCAGCUCGAUUGACCUAUGACGAAUUGUAUUGGUACUAGGCCAGUUUUUCCAAGGCAACUUUAUCGAUGUUGUCUGUAUGAACGUCAUUCCAAUGUUUCUGUAUAUAAACAUAUUUACCGUA